GCCCCCAGGCCCAGCUUGGUGGGGACUAUGAAAGCGGCUAGAGCGCUGCACAGACCAGGUGAGCAUCGGGCUGUGGUUCUUUUGAGACGCUCUUGAGGCCUGUUCUGCGGCCCUGCUGGGGAGGACUCGAACCCGCUUCGGAACUAAUAGGAAGACGUGAUUUCCAAAGCCAAUUAUGAAAACAUUUGUCAUUGGAAUUGGUGGUGUGACAAACGGCGGGAAGACAACGCUGGCUAAGAAGUUGCAGAAACACCUUCCCAAUUGCAGCCUAAUAUCUCAGGACGACUUUUUCAAGCCAGAGUCUGAGAUAGACAUAGAUGAGAAUGGAUUUCUGCAGUAUGAUGUGCUUGAAGCACUUAACAUGGAAAAAAUGAUGUCAGCUGUUUCGAGGUGGAUGGAAAACCCAGGGCGCUCUGAGGGACCAGCAGCUUUGGAAAGCGCUCAAGGGGUUCCCAUUUUAAUCAUUGAGGGAUUCCUUCUCUUUAAUUAUAAGCCGCUGGACACCAUAUGGAACAGAAGUUACUUCCUGACCGUCCCAUAUGAAGAGUGUAAGAGGAGGCGGAGUACAAGGGUGUAUGAGCCUCCUGACCCUCCAGGGUACUUUGAUGGCCACGUGUGGCCCAUGUACCUAAAGCACAGACAAGAAAUGAACACCAUCACAUGGGAGAUCAUUUACCUAGAUGGAACAAGAUCUGAAGAGGACCUCUUUUCUCAAGUGUAUGAAGAUGUCAAGCAAGAAUUAAAGAAGCAAAAUGGUUUGUGAGUAACAGCACAAAGAUGGAAUGCAGCAAGUCCUCCUGGGAUGGAUUAAGAAACUUGAAGGACAGUAAACCCUA